UUUUUGCUUAUCAGAAGAACAGAGUCUCAAUAUUCACAUGCUGCACUUGAAGCACGAAAUCCGCAUUAUUGUUAUAUUUGUAGUUGAUGGGUCGAGAGGCGUUUACGGAAAUUCUUAUAUAUUCGGACUCUGUAAAAGUUCAUUUAAAAUAAGAGGAGUCUGAGUUUGAAUUCUGUAGGCAUCCCUUUUCCUUUGGCAUUGGAGGCAAGUGGCAACAAAGGCGCGUCAGCGUAGAUAGUGCGGUGUGGCUCGUGGGUAGUGUCUGCCAGCGGUGCGUCAGACCGUCCUAGUGAGAUGGCGGCCGAGACCCGCUCUCCCGCAGCAGUCGGGACCGACUCGGACCGCACCUACCUGCUGUGCUUCUCCAACGAGCUGACCGAGUUCCGCGAGCCCGAGCUGCGCGCCGUGCUCUCUCUGCUGGGUCUGACAGCCCACUGGACGGGCUCUGUCACCGCCACGCCGUACCUGGAGGUACGGCUGGCCAGUGAAGCAGACGCCCGUCGACUGGCACAGCGCACCGUAGCCGUCAAGUGCUGCCUGGAGCUGUGGGCGGCAGCAGACUCUGAGGAGGAGCUUCACCGACAGCUGCGUCAGCGACUGCUCGACCAUCCCGACACCAUGCUGCCCCACUUCGGCCCCGAGACCUCCUUCAAGGUGAACGUUGAGUCGUUCAACCGGACGCUGUCGCACGAGGCCAAGGUGGCGCGCGUGGAGUCGUUUGACUAUCUGCCGCUGGAGGGGCCGGUCCGGCUGCGGCACCCCGACCUGCGGCUAGACACUAUCGAGUACUACGGCCUGGACCCGAACCGGGUGCCCGAACGGCCGCUGCAACUGUUCUUCGGUCGCUGGCUGUGCGACGGGCCGCGCGCAGCCAUCAAGGCGCACUCGCUCAAAACGCGCGCCUACAUCGGCAACACGAGCAUGGACCCGGAGCUAGCGCUGAUCAUGGCCAACAUGGCGCGGGUCCGGUCCGGCGACACCGUCUACGAUCCGUUCGUGGGCACGGGCUCGCUACUGGUGGCGGCUGCCCACUUCGGUGGCCACGUGCUCGGCACAGACAUCGACUACCUGACGGUGCACGCGCGGACGCGGCCGUCGCGGGUGCAGGAGCGCGGUCGGCGGCGCGGGGCGGGUGAGAGUAUCGCGGCCAACCUGCGGCAGUACGGCCUGCAGUCCCGCCUGGUGGACGUGCUGGUGGCGGACGCGGCGCUCCCGGCGCUGUGGCGGCGCGGCGUCACUGUGGACGCCAUCAUCACCGACCCGCCGUACGGCAUCCGAGAGCCGACCGAGCGGGUGGGCUCGGCGCGGCCGUCCGGCGGCGCCAUCCCGGCGCAGCACCGCGCCGCUCACUUCCCCUCCAAGGUGGCCUAUGGGCCCGGAGCGCUGUUUGGCGACCUGCUGCGACUGGCCGCCGACCGGCUGACUCUGGGAGGUCGGCUGGUGUUCUGGCUGCCUGUGACGCGCGCUCAGUACUCUGCCGACCGGCUCCCCAGCCACCCCUGUCUCCGACUGGUGGCCAACAGUGAACAGACGCUGACGGCACGCGCCAGCCGCCGCCUGCUGACGCUCGAGAAGUGGCGUGAGCCGGGCGACGGGGAUGCCGCCACUGUGCAUACGAGUGUCGAUCGGUUCGUCAGUGACUAUUUCAGCAGUGGGUUCACGGAGGAGGGCGGGAACGGUGAUCGUGAGACCACGACGGACGCUGGUGGUGACGGUGAUACAAGGACUGUAACGACCGGUGGUGACGUUGGUGACAGAAUGACAGGGACUGUUGGUGACCGUAGUGGUGCAGCGGGGACUAGUGAGGAUGGUGACAGUGUUCAGGGUGAAGUCGCCGCGAACGAAAAGGCCAAGGAGCGUGUUCUGGUCAGGUGACAUUAGGUCAGUGUACCUUGUGAUCUGUCAUGAAUAUGCAGCUGCGAGAAAUGGCUUCGUCGAUCAUUUUAUCAUCGUCCAUAGGUAUUUGAUCGGAUUCUUUAGUCACCUGUUUUCAUGAAACUUCAACAUGAAUCUGGCAGGCCGCGACACCUUUAUCGUAAGUUGAAGCGUUUUUCGUGAAGUGAUGGAAAAGUUAACUUCGAUGCGUCUAAAUUUGGUUUUCGGAGUCAUUGUGUGGGAGUGUGUCAAGUCAAAAGUCAAAGUCAAAAGUGAACACUUCGCUUUUCACGACAUUGCGCUUUUUAUGCCGUAGGAGCGACCAAUUUCGGGUAUGGAACCGAGUGUGUGGGGCCUAUCCCGAUUCCCGAUUGAAGUAAGUAAUGUAUUUGGGAGACUGUUUUGACCUAAAGAAAAUGCGUUCUAAAGGAAUUUGGUGUUUGAUCACUUGAAUAUGGAUUGUCACCGCUUUGAAGUUUGAACUGUAAGACCAAUACAAGCUGUUGUUCGUA